UCCGAAAGAAGGUACUAAACGAGAGCGCGCCACUUCCGUGGUCUCCAGCAAUUUUUGUGAGAGUUGAAAGUCUCUGCAUUUAUAACACGGAGCUGCACUGCUGUAUACAUACUACGUAUACUGUGGUACUGCCUAAAAUACUCUCUGCCUCUGUGUUCCUGUAGGUGCACUUCAAUUCCUGGCUUGGGCCUCGGCUGGCAGUGUAAGUAGUAGGCAUCUGAAUCAUCCAGUGGUAAAUGUUAUGAAUUUCGAAGACCAGUGGCAUUGAAAUGUAAUCCGUAUGUUUGGAACACAUAGUGGUUUGUGAAUGUUGGGACGGUGCUGAUAUUCAUCGUAUUAAUCUAUCCUGAAGCUACUUUUUGAACACAAUGGAUUACGAGGAAGAUGAGGUUCCUUCUAGUCCAGUCGGUGAUAAAGAAGACAGUUCAAGUGAUGUUGAAAUGAAUCAAACUUCCCAAAAUAAGACGGGCGAUGAAGAUUCAGGUAGCGGUAGUGAAGAUGAUAAUUCCUCUGUUGGAUCCCAUCAGAGUCGUAGAUCAAGGCAAUCUACCAGGUCUAACAGAUCAAGACAGUCAAAUAGAUCAUAUCAAUCAGAUGCUGAACAAAAGUCUCCUGGGUCAGGGUCAGAACAGGGUUCAAGAUCUCGAUCUAGAUCAAAAUCACCAUCUAGAUCUCCUUCGAUUGUAAAAGAAGCUAGAUCUGCAUCUGGUUCAAGAUCACGUUCGAGAUCAGUCUCAGGAUCUGAACGUGGGUCAAGGUCUAGAUCACGAUCUCCUUCUCGGUCUCCAGCAAGAUCUAAAGCUGCAUCCCGGUCUAGGUCAAGAUCAGGUUCUAGAUCUCCUGCUAAGUCCAAGUCAAGAUCACCUUCUCCUGCUAAGUCAAAGUCAAGAUCACCAUCUCCUACUAGGUCCAAGUCAAGAUCACCAAGCGCUAGAUCCAAGACCAGAUCACCAUCUCCAGCUUCAUCAAAGUCUAGAUCACCAUCUGCUAGAUCCAAAUCUAGAUCUCCAUCUCCUGCUAGAUCCAAGUCAAGAUCCCCAUCACCAGCAGGAUCAAGGUCUAGAUCAAGAUCACUGUCAAAAGCAGGUUCCCGGUCCAGAUCUAGAUCGCUGAGUGUAUCUAAAGCAGGAUCUAGAUCUAGAUCCAGAUCUCAGUCACGAUCAAGAUCUCGUUCACCUUCAAAAGGGGGAUCAAGAUCCCGAUCACAGUCUAAAGCAGGGUCACGAUCUAGAUCUCGUUCUGCAUCAAAAUCAAGAUCGCGAUCUAGAUCAGGGUCACCAUCGGCAAAAGCAGCUUCAAGAUCACGUUCUAGAUCCCAGUCACAAUCAAAGGCAGGAUCUCGAUCUCGUUCUAGGUCUAAAUCAGCUUCACGCUCUCGAUCAGGAUCCCCAGCUUCUAAAGCUGCAUCCAGGUCUAGAUCAAGAUCAAAGUCAGCAUCUAGAUCAAGAUCAAGAUCAAAGUCAAAGUCUAGAUCUAAAUCAAGGUCCAAGUCCAGAUCAAGAUCGGUGUCACAGGCCAAGUCUCAAUCUAGAUCACGAUCACGUUCAAAAUCUAGAUCACGAUCACGUUCAAAAUCCAAAUCUAGAUCACGGUCACGUUCAAAAUCUAAAUCAAGAUCACGGUCCCGGUCAAAAUCCAAUUCAAGAUCGCGGUCUCGAUCAAGAUCUAGGUCAAGGUCGCCUCCAGGUUCUGCCAAAGCAGCAUCCAGAUCUAGGUCCAGGUCACAUUCUAGAUCAAAAUCUAGAUCUGUUUCUCCAUCUGAUUCAAAAAAGGAACGAUCAGGAUCAAAGAGUCCUAUACAAAAGACUGCUAAGAAGAAGAAAGGGGAUAAAGAUUCAGAUUCAGACGAAGUUGAAGAGCGUCGUUCUGUCAUUGACAGUGACAAUGAGUCAGAUGCUGAAGGAAGUUCUAAGAUGGUUGGGAAAGGUAAGGGUAGAAAAUCCGGUGACGAAAGUAGUGAAGAGGAGAAAUUGGAUGUGCAAUUGGAUAAGAAGAAAAAGAAAACAAUAAUGUCCGAUUCCGAAGAGGAAGAGGAAACCAGCAUAGGCAACAAGAAGCGCAAAAGGAAAGGGAAAAUAAAGAAAACUCUGCUCUCAGAUUCUGAAGGCGAAGAAGAAGGAAAGGAGAAAGCAGCAAGUGAUGUGGCAGACUCUGACGAAGAACAGGAAGGGAUAUCCAAGAAAAAGAAGCAAAAAGUGACUUCUGACUCAGAAGACGAAAAUGUCAAUGUAGAGGUUGGCAAGGAGGAAGAGGGGAACCAGGGGAAGGUUGAGGAAACUGAGGGGCUGCCAGUGCCAGCAGUGGAAGGGGAGCUAGCACCGGAUGGGGUUGCUUCAGCUGCUCCUGCAGCAGUGGUUCCAGAUGUAUCUGACAGUGAUUCAGAUGAAGGAAUCAAAGACGACGAUAGGGAUGGCGGUGAUGCACUUUCUGACUUUGACUUAAUGUUACAACGAAAAAAAGAAAUGACCAGGAGGCGGAAAGGAAAAAAUUAUGAAUUGAUUAAUGACAAUGAUGAUGUAAUUGCCAUGUUAUUAUCAGAUAUGAGACAGGCUGCUGAGGAAGAUAGAAGGUUAAAUGGACUGGGGAAACCUGCAACAAACAAAAUUGCAAUGUUGCCUAAAGUUAUGUCUCAGUUGAAGAAACAUGAUUUGCAAUUGGCUUUCCUUGAACAUAAUGUUUUAACGGUCUUGACAGAUUGGCUUGCUCCUAUGCCUGAUCGCAGUAUGCCAUCCCUAAAAAUCAGGGAAAGCAUUCUCAAGUUACUGUGGGAGUUUCCAGGUAUUGGGCAAGAUUCCUUGAAACAAUCUGGAAUAGGAAAAGCAGUUAUGUACUUAUACAAACAUCCCAAAGAAACUAAAGAAAAUCGUGAACGUGCUGGGAAGUUAAUCAAUGAAUGGGCUCGCCCAAUCUUCAACUUGUCAACAGAUUUUAAAGCAAUGUCUAAAGAAGAAAGGGUUCAAAGAGAUAUUGAGCAGAUGCCAAAACGCCGUCGCACAACGGAAGAGGAGGAGGAACAACCAUCUCCUAAAGGACGGGAAGACUUAACAAAAGCAUUAGCUCCCGGAGAACAGGACAAGCCUUUGCGCCCUGGAGAUAAAGGCUGGGUAGCAAGAGCACGAGUUCCUCGUCCAUCGAAUAAAGAUUAUGUUGUGAGACCAAAAUGGGAAAAUGAUACUGACAUCAGUAGGACUACAAAGAAACAGCUGAACCGUUUUGAAAAGCACAUGAAGAAUUAUAUUGAUGCUAAGAGGAGCAAACAAGCAAGGCGAGCUGUUACUAUUUCAAUUGAGGGUCGUGGUAUGGCACUAUGAAGUCCCUUCAAUCAAAUUUUAAUUGGUAUGCUUUACAUGCUGCAAUUUAGUAGGUAAUUCAUUCAACCAUGUAUGAUAACUUAUUGCUAGUGUGUGCUGUAUGUGUGACAAGUGAAUGUUUCUUGCAUUAUAAACAGCUUCUUGCUGUUUAAUUAAAUGUGUUUGGAGAGAAAGUUCCUUGAGGAAACAAUUCUUUAUUCAGUUUAAAUUACUUGUAUCAUAACAAAUUUUGAUGAUUUGUUUGGAUUUACGGUGUUUGAGUGAUUCUACAUUGUGCAGUAUUGCCAAUGUUAUAUUUUUCCUGUACAUUUUUCCUCUUGAAAAUGAAACAUUUUCUUCCUCUAAACUUUCAAACACUUGUAAGUAAUAAAGAUUGUAAAAUGUAAAAUAGAGGUUUGAGAAUCAUUUACUAUAAAAUUAGUACAUUUUCAAUUACAGUGAAUGGUAUUCUAAAAUUUUCUAAAAGUUGCUUUUCUAUAAUUGUUUAAUAAAUAAUAGGACAUAAUUUUUUCCACAGUACUGCAAAAUAUAUCAAGAGAAAUUCUCAAUGUAACAGUAGAAUAAGGGAUGAUUUGUAAUUAUGAACUUAAAAAUAGACUUUCUAUUGAAAUACUGAUUUUUUAUGAAUUGUACAGCCCUUAAUUCUGUGAUAUAGUGAGCAGAAUAAAAACAUAAUAAAAAUGUAUUUGACAUACUUAUUUACAUAAUUUAUACACUUUUGUCAAUCCUAAGAUAAAAGAUAGAGCAUUAUCAAAUUCAGAAUGUGAAUAGCAGGCAAUUUCAACUACUCAAGUGAAAAAAAAGUGGAUAAUAUGAUGUUGAUGUUUGGGUACAUAAAAUUCAUGUACGAAGGAAACAUUAAUUUAUGAAUGGAGCCUGGAAGAUCUGGUAUGUACUGUAUUUAAUAAUUAAAACUUGAGUUAUUCUUAAUAUCUCAUUCAGAAAAUAUGGUUUCAACAUAUAUUCUCAUAUGAAGA